AUGGAUCAGCAGCAGCAAGAUUGCCAUUAUGAGGAACUCUCACCGAAUACUGCAGGUUCAAAGCCCAGCUUUAGUGAAGAGGCCGAAUCGUUUCUAGACAACAUUCGUACCCGCUCGAGUGCUCGGGGAUACAACAAAAUCUUGGCAGCAUUUUGGCCUUUGGUAAUACUCCAAGUUGUGCUGUUGUUCGUUGCCACCGGAUCUCUCUUGGUAGAGCUCAAGGGACGUUCUCAAGAGAAGAGCGAGCCGGCAUACUUCUAUUACCCGGAAACGACCGUGCGAACUUACUGGGACUAUGACGACAAUUUCCUGAACCACAACGUGACUAUUUCUACCGAGUUCUGGAAAGGACUAUUUCCUGAGGGCGACGGAAUUGUGGCUCUAAAUGACGAUGAAGUCAAAUCUAUGGAUCUCGUCCAAUCCGCACGCUCUUUUCACGACCCCUCUAAGAGUGUUUACCUCGUGGCCGCCUUCCACCAGCUUCAUUGCCUUAGCCAGUUGAGAUCACUGAUCAUCAAGGCCCACCAAGAUCCCGCAUUCUCGUUUUCUGAUCCAACGUACUAUCACACGAUGCACUGCGUCGAUGUAGUUCGCCAGCAAAUCCUCUGCCACGCAGACGGCACGCUCAUCUACAAACGACAGGAGGAUAAAUAUCCUGGUGACGGCGGCAUGCGAGUGUGCAAUAAUUUCGAAGCUCUCACUCACUGGACAAAGGAGCAUGGGUAG